AUGAGUGUAAUAGUUGCUGUUCGUGUUCGUCCAUUUAAUUAAAGAGAAUUAGAUUUGAAUUCAAAAUUGUGUAUAGAAAUGGAUGGUCCAAAAACAACAUUAUAAUGUUUAGAAGACCAUAAAAAAAAUAAAGAUUUUUCAUUUGACUAUUCAUUUUGGAGUCAUGAUGGUUUCAUAUUAAAUGAUGAUGGUUUAGUAAAAUUAAACAAAAAAUCCAUAAAAAAAAAUAAUAAUAAUAAUUAGGCAAUAGCAGAAAACUAAAAAUACGCCGAUUAACGUCAUGUAUAUAAUACUGUAGGAAAAUAAAUAUUAGACAAUGCAUGGUAAGGAUAUCAUUGCUGUUUAUUUGCAUAUGGCCAAACAGGAGCAGGUAAGAGUUAUUCUAUGGUAGGAUAUGGAGCCAAUAGAGGAAUAGUACCAAUCGCAUGUGAAGAAAUAUUUAACCGAAUAGCAGAUAAUAACAACCCGCAUUUAGAAUUCGAAGUAAACUGUUCUAUGUUAGAAAUAUACAACGAGAAUGUCUAAGAUUUACUUAUUUAAGUGACAAAAAGACCCCAUGGUGGUUUAAAAAUAAGACAAAAUCAAUCAGUAGGUUUUUACGUAGAUGGAUUAACUAAACAUCCAGUUGAAAGUUACAAAAGUAUAGAAAAAAUAAUGGAAGUUGGUACAUAAAAUAGGACUGUAGCUUCCACUUAAAUGAACGCAUGCUCAUCAAGGGCACAUACAAUUAUUAUUAUUUAAUUUAAAUAAAUUGAAAUCAGAGAUACUAGAAAAUUCGAAAAAUUAUCAGUUAUUAAUUUAGUGGAUUUAGCUGGAUCAGAAAAAGUGGGAAAAACAGGAGCUGAAGGUGCGCGUUUAAAAGAAGCAUCUAAUAUUAAUUAGUCAUUAACUACUUUAGGAAAAGUUAUUUAAACUUUAGCUGAAAAAGAAAUGGGAAAAGCAAAAGGCGCAGUUGUACCUUAUAGAGAAAGUAGUCUUACGAAAAUAUUAUGCAAUGCUUUGGGUGGAAAUUCUAAAACUUUGAUGAUUUGUGCGGUUUCACCUUCCAAUGAUAAUUAUGAUGAAACUUUAUCAACUUUAAGAUAUGCAGAUUAGGCUAAAAAAAUAAAAAAUAGAGCUACUGUAAAUGAAAGUGCAACUGAUAAAUUAAUAAGAGAAUUAACUCAAGAAAAUGAAAAGUUGAAAAUUUUCAUGUAGAAAUUUUAAGAAUAAUUUGGUUUUGAUUUAGGUAAUAUGGAUAUUAAAAAUAUAGAAAAAUUAGAUCCUAAGAAAUAUAAUAUAGAAGAAUUUAAAGAAAAAAAAGAAGAAAUUGAAGCCAAUGAGCAUUUAUUAGAAGACACAACAAAAACAAAAGAAUAACGUAUAAUAGAAAAUAAAUAAUAAAAUGAGGAAGUACAUAAAUUAGAUAAAUCAAAGCCUUAUUUAGCAAAUAUACAUGAAGAUCCAUAAUUACAUAACAAAGUAUAAAUAACACUAGCAAGGGAAGUUACUAUAGUCGGAAGUAAAUACGCUGAACCCAAAGCUGAUAUAAUAGUCGGACUUACAAAAUAAAAUAUAGCUAACAUAUAUUACAUAGAAAAUGAAGAUGAAGAAACCGGCGAAUAUAUAGAUAAAUAAAUUUUCAUAGAACCCUAUAAUAUGGAUGGAUAAGAACACGAAAGUUAUAUUUUAUUAAAUGGAUAUCCAGUAAAAGAAAGAAUUGAAUUAUUUAAUUUAGAUCGAGUAAUUUUUAGUACAAUAUCAAUGUUUAUAUGCGUAUUUGAAGGCAAAAAAAGCCGAGACGAAAACUUAAAAAUUGAAUAAAUAGAUUACGAGUUUGUCUGA